AUGCGAGUUAUCAUUCAGCGUGUUAAAAAUGCCGCUCUCAGUGUAAUUAAAGAAGAGAGCAAGGAAACGGAAAAGCAGUUAGAACUAUUUAGCGAAAUAAAAAAUGGAAUAAUCUGCUUCGUAGGAAUACACAAAAAUGAUACUUGGAAGGAUGCCAUGUACAUCAUUCGGAAGUGUCUGAAUCUGCGACUCUGGUCAGAUGGUAACAAAAGUUGGGAUAAAAGUGUGAAAGAUUUAAAUUAUGAAAUUCUCUUUGUUUCUCAAUUUACUCUUUUUGCUAAUACGAAAAAGGGAAACAAGCCAGACUUCCAUCUAGCCAAAGAACCGAAAGAAGCCCUAGCUAUGUACAACAAAAUGGUUGAGCAAUUUGCUAAGGACUACAAUCAUGAAAAAAUAAAAACUGGAAAAUUUGGAUGCUACAUGAAUAUACAAGUUACCAAUGAUGGACCUGUUACUAUUUUUAUUGAUAGCCACGACGUCAAUUUGGAUAACUGA